GUGCUCGUCAUUUUCACGCAGACUUUCUUUCAAUUCCUUUCCAUCUAAUUAAUUCCCGUCUCUUCCAAAUAUACAAUUCUUUCUCUCCUUCAAUCUCUCUUUCCUUCCACUCCAUUCCUUUCCAAAUCGCCGUGCGUACGUUGUUUUCCAUCUUUAAUUCAACACCAAAUAUUUUCCAAAAAAAAAAAACAAACAUGGAUCACGUAUUUUCCGACCAACAACAAAACGAGCAGGGGGAGCAAGAGCAUCUAAAAUGUCCUCGCUGCGAAUCAAACAACACAAAAUUCUGUUACUACAACAACUACAAUCUGUCUCAGCCACGUCACUACUGUAAAAACUGCCGCCGUUACUGGACUAAAGGCGGCACCCUUCGUAACAUCCCUGUUGGCGGCGGUACUCGUAAGAUCACCAAACGUAAGCGCACCAUCAACCCCUCAUCACCCGUCACCAUGACGUCAUCCCCACGCCACCACCAGCCGAAGAUGGAACAGGAAUCAUCAUCUGUCGUCAAAUAUGCGUUAGGUGGCAAUAAUAAUAAUAACCAAACGGAAACCGUUAGUGGCGGUUUUAGUUCAUUGCUGUUAGGCUUUGGAGGGAAUAACAAUAAUAAUAAUAUGGGGCAGUUUGGUAAUUUGUUAAUGGAUGGCGGUAAUUUAUUAUCAAGUAAUGGUGAUGGUAAAAAUGAUGAUGAAGAUGAAGAUGAUGUGUUGAUUAGGAAUCCACUAAUCACGGGGGACAAUAAUAAUACUAGUAAUUAUCUGAGUUUGAAUGAUGCUAAAAUUGGUGGGAAUGAGAAUGGAGAGAUUGGAAUGGGAAUGGGGGAAUGGCCUGAUCUGUCUAUUUUUACGCAACCAGGUUCGAGUUUUCGUUAAUUAGUAGGAUUUUUAUUACGAGUAUUAUUUACUAUUGAUUGUCAUUAGUAUUAGCAGUACGUAGUAAUGUUAUAUAUAUAUUUAGAUUAGAAGUUAGAUUAUUAUAUUAAUGCGAUUAUCGGAUAUGUUGAAUAUUUGGUAACUUAACCAUGUGAGAUAUUUAUAUUUAAUAUAUCAAGUUUUUACUUCGAGUUCGGAA